CGUGUUAGCGGACCAUCGCAGACGCAACGCGUGUCGCGUCAUAGAGAAAAGCCGGUAUUAUAGUACUUUAUACUAUUUCGAAUAUAAAAACGGAGCACUUCAUAAAACUAUAAAAAAUUUAGUUUCGGUUUUAAUCUACGACUAUAUUGGGAGUGAAGUGAUUUAUGAAAUUUUCAUGCAUUUCACAAUGCGGUCGUAAAACACCAAUUGAGAGGACAAUCAUGAUCAAUCGCGGUGUGACGUGAGCAGCGGAUAAAAAUGUUUUCAUGUGAUUCCUUUGAUAUAUUUAUAUUGGACACUUGUAUUAGAUUAGUUUGUGGACAGUAGCGUGCUAUGAUGGACAAUAAUAAUUCGUGAAUGUGAAUGAACUUUUUGAAAUGGCUCGUGCUAAACCUUGGAGUGAAAAACCCUUUUGGGUCGCAGCAGUAAUGCAAUUUGCAUUACUAACAACGGCUUCCAAUUUAACUGAGACCACGCAACCGCAGGCGCCAGAAAGGUCCGAGACUAGUCUAUACGCGUGGAGUUCCUGGGGUAGUUGGAGUGCUUGUUCUAGAACUUGCGGUGGAGGCGUCUCCUACCAGGAGAGGCAGUGUUUGCCAAGAAUUCCUAGUACAUUAAAUAGUACACUACCGACACCAGUUAUAACAGUGCGAGUUACUAGACAGGCACAGCCACAGGAUUGUGUGGGUAUGGCGAGGCGGUACCAUGAGUGUAAUACAAAGCCGUGUCCACAUAGUCUUCUUGACACGCGAGCAGAACAAUGUUCUUCCUACGACAGGAGACCUUUUCGGGGAAGAUUCUAUACAUGGGUGCCUUAUAUAGAUGGUGAUGCACCAUGCGUGUUAAACUGUCGACCCCUCGGCCACCAUUUCUACGCGUCAUUAUCUCUAGCAGCAGAUGGAACGCCGUGCACCAUGCAAGGGUUCAGAGCUAUCUGUGUGCAGGGCACGUGUAAGGCGGUGGGUCGCGAAGUGCUGUCCAUAGCGGGCACGCGCGAGGUGCGUUGCGGCCGGCGGCUGGUGUCCGGGCUGUUCGCACGGCCGCGGCUGCCCCUCGGCUACUCCUACAUCACGACCGUCCCGCAGGGCGCGUGCAGACUCAACGUGUCCGAGAUCGCGGCUAGCGAUAAUUAUAUAGCGUUGAAAAUAACAAAUGGGUCGUACAUUAUGAACGGGGAGUUUGCUGUGAGCGCACCAGGGACGUACGAAGCGGCUGGCGCUAGAUUUGUGUAUACGAGAAAUACUGGACUGGACUCUGUGUUCGCACUCGGUCCUUUACAAUAUCCUGUAGAUAUUAUGAUUCUCUAUACUCAGCCGAACCCGAGUAUCAAAUACGAGUACUUCACAGACGCAAUACCUGGUGAAAUCGAUAUUGAGUCAAUUACAAAAGCUAGUCCAGAAACUACACCAAAACAUAUUAGACGACAUCAUGGUCUGGACAAAUCGAGACAUCUUGGAUUCCCUAAAGAAACUUAUAAUGAUGGUAUUGGAGAAAAUAUUGUGGGUAAUCGGAAGUUCCUUUGGAAGAUCUUGUCGUAUACGCAAUGUUCUAGAAGUUGUGGAGGCGGCUUUCAGGUAGGAAAAUACCGUUGCGUAGAAGCAUCUUCCUCCGGAGAUAGAGAAGUAUCUCCCGCACAUUGCACUGGCUCAGUGCCCGCGAGCAAGCGCCGUAGAUGCGGCAAUUUGCAAUGUCCUCCAAGAUGGAGGGCUACUACUUGGUCGUCUUGUCCAGAGUGUGGACCAGCUAUGAGGACCAGAAUUGUGGGCUGCGUGCAGGACCAUUCGAAAGGGAUUACUAAGAUAAGCGACGCAAAAUGCCCUGCACCAAAGCCACCAACGACAGAAAUAUGCAACAUACCAGAUUGUAAUUCUGGUGGAAUCAGACAGAUUCAAACGAAACGAACGAAACCACAGGACCAAGUGGACACUUUUCGAGAUGCUCCUGUGUAUACGAUAACUGUUAACAGUUCUGAUUUAGACGUAGGACCGGAGUAUAGCUUUGCAACUGCUGGUUGGCUUUAUACGGACUGGUCUGAGUGCACAGGCUGGUGUGUAGGCGGCGGUAUACAAACUAGAGCAGUCCGAUGCGCUGAUCCUUCUGGAUGCACUCCGAGACAAGUUCCAGAACAUUCUAGAACAUGCUCACCCAAAGUGUCGUGUGAGCCGCAUGAAGGGCAGUGGUUUACAGGUGAUUGGUCGCCAUGUACUUCUUGCGGUGGUAAACAAAUACGAGGUGUAUUAUGUAUUGGUGGUUCUGGAAGACAUUUACGGGAUUCCGCGUGUAAACCACCGAAACCUGAGGCUGAAAGAUCGUGUGGUGGGGACUGUUCUCCCACAUGGUAUACUAGCGAUUGGGGACAGUGUAUAAGCAACUGUACCCUACACAUUGGGGUACAGCACCGCACCGUAGUGUGCGCCCGCAGCGAGGCCGCAGUGAACGACUCGCUGUGUGUCAGUGCGCGGCCGCAAGACACGCGCUCGUGCGCGCACAAGUGUGACAACGUACUGGCUAGUGAAUCCCAAAAAGUGGAGAUGACUUCAACCCAUAGGACUACGAUAGCGAUUCCCGAAGAAAAGGAUUGCGAAGACAAAUUGCGAAACUGCGCUCUCGUCGUCCAAGCCAGACUUUGCCAUUACAAGUACUACAUACAAAAUUGUUGUAAUUCAUGCAGUGGAUAGAAUAAUCUCAAUACUUUUACACAGAUUAGAAAAACUGACAAAGUACUCUUACAAUUUUAGGAAAAAAAAAAGAAACAAAAAUAUAUACAUUUAUUUAACUUA